GACUACGGCGCAUGCGCACAAUCCUACAGUGAGAAAGGACGAACUUGGCUUCAGCGCACAUACCCAUGUACACGUCCACCACCCGGAGGCGAGUACGCGUGGUCUGUCGGGGCUCAGAUGAACCUCUGCAGCCAACAGUGACUUAAAAAAAGCAGGCUGAGAGUGUGUGUGCCGUUCAGCUGACUAUUUCUGAUUGUGUGCGAGUGGACGUGUAGAGAUGCCUCCAGCAACGGGCGGUCCGGUGGGCUACACCCCUCCAGAAGGAGGCUGGGGUUGGGCCGUAGUGGUCGGUGCUUUCAUCAGCAUCGGUUUCUCCUACGCAUUCCCCAAAUCUAUCACAGUGUUUUUCAAAGAGAUUGAGGUGAUCUUCGAUGCCACCAGCAGUCAGGUCUCAUGGAUCUCCUCCAUCAUGCUGGCUGUCAUGUAUGCAGGAGGACCAAUCAGCAGCAUCCUGGUGAACAAGUAUGGUAGCCGACCAAUCAUCAUCAUCGGAGGCUGUCUGGCCAGCAUAGGCUUGAUCUCUGCAUCCUUCUGCAACACAGUGGAGGGACUGUACUUUUGUGUGGGAGUUAUAGGAGGUCUUGGUUUGGCAUUCAAUCUGAAUCCCGCAUUGACCAUGAUCGGAAAAUACUUCUAUAACAAGCGUCCGAUUGCUAACGGCAUUGCCAUGGCCGGCAGCCCCGUGUUCCUCUCCACACUGGCACCUCUGAACAGCUGGCUAUAUGAUCAGUUUGGCUGGAGAGGAAGUUUUCUUGUUCUUGGUGGUGCACUGCUUAACUGUUGUGUGGCCGGGUCACUGAUGCGACCCAUCGGACCAAAACCGCAGCCCACACCUGCUGUACAGGAUGAAGGGACCAGAGGACACCAGAAGAAAACAGUGAUGCAAACCAUCAACAGUUUCAUUGACCUGACACUUUUUAAGCAUCGUGGUUUCCUGCUUUACCUCUUGGGCAACGUAAUUAUGUUUUUUGGUCUGUUUGCACCACUCGUCUUCCUCAGCAACUAUGCAAAAAGCAUCGGCAUCUCCAAAGACAAGGCAGCCUUCCUGCUCUCCAUGCUGGCCUUCACAGACAUGGUGGCACGACCAUCUAUGGGCCUGUUGGCUAAUACCCGCUGGGUUCGCCCACGCAUACAGUAUUUCUUUGCGGCAGCGGUGCUGUAUAACGGGGUGUGUCACCUGCUGGCACCAAUAUCUGUGGACUAUCUGGGUUUCUCCAUCUAUGCAGUGUUUUUUGGUGUGGCGUUUGGCUGGCUCAGCUCCGUGCUCUUCGAGACCCUCAUGGACUUGGUGGGGGCGCAGAGGUUCUCUAGUGCCGUGGGCCUCGUCACCAUUGUGGAGUGUGGACCAGUGCUGCUUGGACCCCCCCUACUGGGCAGACUGAACGACAUCUACCACGACUACAAAUACACAUACAUCGGCUGUGGCAUUGUACUAGUCGUGGCCAGCAUAUUUCUGUUCGUCGGUAUGGGCAUUAACUACCAUCUGCUGGACCGAGAGAAGAAAGAGGAGGAGAGGAAAGCUGGGCUUGAAGUCAAGGAACAAGAAACUAACAUAGACAAUGCCAUACAAGAGAACAACGCUGAGAACGACGUGUCUACACCGCUCACGAAAGCAGACGUGGCCAAAUCGGAAGACAGCUCUGUGUGAUGUGCGUGUAUGCGCAGCAACACACUCUCAUGUGACGUCCACAAUAAACAAGAACGAGCAGCAGAUGGAUUCACAUUUUAGAAUUGUAAUAAGAUUUAACUAGCCAUAUUGUACACGCACACACACACACACACUCUCACUCUCGCACAUAUACAUGCUGACCUCUUCAUUCAUUCACACAUUAGCUAUAGACCAGGACUUGACUUUACAUCUUGUCAUGCUGGACUACUGCCGUCAGAUCAUUUCUCUUGCUUGGUCCUGUCUCUGCUUUUUCCACCAAAGAAUGUUCACGCAAACACUCCAGCGCAGUGUUGUUGGCUGUGGUUGUUGUUUUUUUUUUUCUUUCUCACUAAAGGUAAAAAAAAAAAAAAAAAAUAGGCUUUAUUGAGCCACAAUCUGAGUGUGGAGAAAUUGCCAUUCUCAUUUAAGAAAUUGCACAAUAAGCAGCAAGUACAGAAAAUAUUAACCUGUGCAGCUACUUGGUGGAGCUCAAGUUUGUUUUCUAGUGUUUGUGUGAGACUGAGAACCUUAUUCAGGAUACUUAGUACAGUCUGCUGAAUGGGUCAAAGGAUAUGGUCCAGUAUUUUAAUUGUGACUGCAGGAACUCAGCAAAGCCAGAGAUUCUAGCUCGUUUUUCUCAUUAGAGUGUCUAUCAUUUCUGUAGAUUUCCUGUGAUUAGCAGUAAUCAGAAACUGCACUAAAUUAAACCUUUUAAUAUACAGCUAAAAUCCACAUAUAAACAUAAUCUAGGGUUUGUUUUUUGUUUUUUUUUAAGAUUUUAAAAUUCACUUUGGCGUUUUAUUUCUCUAAUAUUGGUUUCUGCAAUGCAGUGUGUCGAUCAGACAUUUAGAAAGAUUACCCAUUUCAUAUUUUUUUAUACAUUUCUUUUUUCAAAAGAAUAAAUGAGUCUCUUCUCUGUGCAAGGUGGUAUUAUUCAUCUAAUGCUUGUGCCUUUUGAGGUGCUUUAAGUCAAGCCCUCUAUUGAACUGAUCCCAAUGAUCUUUCUUCACCUAAUACAAUCAGUUCCGAUGCUAUCAUCUUAACAAAUUUGUUUUUUUUUUUUGUUUUUUUUUACAAACCGGUAUUCUCACUUUUGCUAGUACAUUUUGAUUAGUACAUUUUUUAAUUUUGGUUUCGAGAAAUAUUCUAAAUGAAAGCACAUCGUGUCAUAUCUGUCGUAACAUUUAAGAACUGACUUGAAUCGUUUCAGUGGGUCUGUCCUGCUUAAGUGAAGUGAAGUUCAAGAGUGCCGUUAUUCUGUAAAGUUGGCUGUAGUCUCAGCAUCAGUAUACCACAUAACACGUCUAACUGGUAGAAAAGCUCACUAGGGGGAAAUUCAUUUCAAUUUCUGUGCACUCUUAAAUGCCAGUGUGGUUUUGUAUUCUUUGUGUGUACUGUAGUAUUCAGGAUGGGUAGGCAAUGAGUAUGAAUGAAGGUUGUUGCACACCACUGUUUUUCAGUUUUGUGUGAACUAUAACGGUGUAAAAUGAAAGGCUGAACAAUAUUAAAGAGAUUUAGAAGUGUGUUGCUUUUAGCUGGAUUUGACAUUUGUGUUAAAAGGUCAAUACACCGUACUUCCAAAUAUUCUUCAUUCCAAACCUAAAUGAAAGCAUAUCCCAUAGCAUUAAUGCCCAGUUUGAAAUGGCAGAUGAUUUGUAGGUUCAUGUUCAGGCUGGAAAUGAGUGUAUAUUGAUGUAAUAAAAAGCGUAUGAGUGUGUGGGAACACUCGAUACAGACUGCUUCUAUGAUGAGACGUUCUUAGUAUCUUGAUUAUUUUUUUUUCUCUCCUUUUUUCCCCCACCUUGUUUAGCUUUUUAGUAAGUCUAACUGUUAAUGUACUGUUAUCUGGGUGUGAUAUUUUGUAUGUUUGACCUGGAGUAGUGCACCAAUAAACUGUUUUUAAAAAUUG